GCACUUGUUUGAGACCUAGGCGUCUCUGGAGGUUCUCAUAACAUCCAUACUUCAAGGAGCAUUUGUAACUUAUUUACUUGUAGUUUAUCUUGUCAUGGGUUUUUACCAAUGAUGGAUCCCGAUAUACCAGAAUUCAAAGAUAAGCAAACUUCUGUUGAGGAUACAUAUCGACAAAUGCGAAAACUAUGUGAGAAUUACAAAUUGUUCGCGAAACCGGAUGACUUGGAUGAACUAUAUUCGACUAGCCUAAAUUUAAGUUAUAUCCAAGAUGAUUAUGAAACUAUAAAACAUGAAUUAUCAGUCAUUAAAGCUAAUCGUCAAAUUGCUCGAGACGCACUUUUAGCUGCCGGAUUUCAAUGUCCCGAUGAUCCACCAACAUAGUUUCUCUUAAUCAUCUAUCUACACCGUGAGUACCAGAACUCAAACUUUGGCAUCACCAUAAAGUGUGUAAUUCUUUUUUUACUGAAAGUUGAUUUCUAGUUUACUCUAUUAUAUAUUUACAUUACUUCAACCUGAUCAUAGUUUUAUUUGUUAACUAAUUCAUUGUUAGGAAAAAUCGUAAUUUACAGUUUAUUUGGUUUUUUGAAUUAUUUAUUUAUCCCUCUUUUUUGUAGCGUUUGAUCUGUUUCAAUUUAAUAUUUCUAACACUCUAAAUAGUAUGAAUAUGUUCACUUGAAGUUGCCUAAAAUAGCUUUUCUCGCAUUCUCAUAGAAACACGUGUAUUUAUUGGCUUUUGUUUGUGAAUUACUAUUAUUAUUACUACCUCUUCAUAUAUGUUUCCAUGGUCAUAAAUUACUUCAAUGAGAAAUUGUUUUUUUUCUGUGGUUUUUGUGUUUACUGCUGUUUGAUAAUUUUUGGUGGAUCAUAUUUUUCAUCUGUUAUGGGAUAGCAGAAUAAUGGCCAGCAAGACUACUAGAAUAUGCAAAUAACUAAGUCGUAAACUAUAGGUAAUUCAGUAAGGUUAUGAGUUAAGACACAAAUUAAACUCAUUUUUGGGGAUAUCCUUAUUUUGGAAUAUAGCAAAUAUAGUUGAUAAAGUUUACCUGUAAUUAACUAGUAAGAGAAUAAAUGUAAAGUUGAAACUCCUAUCUUGUUUCAAGAUUUAUCAUAUAUAUUAGCUUUUAACUGAGCAUGAACUACUGCACACAUUCCUAUAAUAAUGAGAUGCAGUUUAGGUAACGGGUCCAAUCAUUGUAGAUUCUUUUUGACCUAGAUGAAAUGUAGUCUUUUAAAAGGAAAUUAUGACAUCAGCUCAUGUCUUAUGAUUUUUUUCUCAAGAAAUAAAAAAUGUCAGUGGUUUUCUGUUAAAGGUAAUUAAUAUUUUUUUCAACAAUGUCGGAGAAUGUUAUAUUUUGUAUGACUUUCAGCCUCAUGUCUGAUAAAAAGCUUAGUAGAAUGUAAAAUAAAUACGAAAAAUCUAUAUGUUGAUAACUGAUGAUUUUAAUUCCAAUAUGUACAUGAUUUAUUUAGACUCUUAGCUAGCUGGUUUAAAACCAUCCAAGUGUAGCUCAGAAGAAACGGAUAUUGCUAAAAUCCAAAUUAAAAUC